CCCGGAGCGGACGUUAUAUCAGGCAUAAAGGGAACUCUCACGCCUCAAUAUGCGACCAUUCCUAACUCUAGCCUUCUCCGACCCAGGUAUUGCUGCGGUAAAUGGCUUGCUCGACGUAGAAGGUGUCAUCAACAGCCACUUGGAUAUUUUGUCGAAGCUUGAGAGAUGGCACUGCCCAAAACUGGGGGAGCUCCAGUUCCGAGCACUAAUCAUCGAUGAAGACCGGAUGCCUGGUUCGCAGCACGUGGUCUUGCCCUUGACGAUAACGGUGAUUUUUCUGAUAGUGGUUGGUGCCAAGCUUGCCUACGGUGACUGGGGGACGGCUUGGAAUGUUGGCUGCUUUCUCGUCGCAUUGGCAACGCUCUUUUGGAUGUGGCUUAACCAUACUGUCGACUGAUGGACUCAGGAAGGGAGUCCUUUCUUGGCGAGGCACAGGGGCAGAUUACGAGACAUUCUCUAGAAUUUUCUAUCAUAAUGAGAAUUGUCCGUGCUUGGCAUGGUGAACGGGGAUUGUUGGGAUCCCUGCUGUGAUGACCGAAGAAUUAGAAUUUGCUUGGUAUUGUAGCAUCGGAAUAUUCGUGUUGGGCUAGAUUCCGACAGGUGAAUGAUGUAGUUUUCGUGCUUGAAAAAAUGGAGUGGGCCCCCGGCGUUGGCAUUUGUCACUUCUCUUGUGAUCACGGUGUAUGUCAGGCUGAAGAGAGAUAAUCAAAGGAUAUUGUGGCAUGGAAAACUGUGUCGGG